AAUAUGGGUUAUGUCUCUUUUUUGCUCUAGAAGAUGUUUCUAUUCCAAUCAUAUGUUUACACUAUCUAGAUGGGUGCCUAUUCAUUGAUUUAACAUACCUCCUCCGCAGACCUAUCCAUGCCCGCUACCAAUGGCGGCCUCGCGACCCUCACACCGAGAAGGCUUCGAGAUUGCCAUUAUCUGUGCAUUACCGCUGGAGUAUGACGCCGUAUCGCUUGUGUUCGACGACUUCUGGGAUGAAGAUGGAGACAAGUAUGGAAGAGCACCUGGAGACUACAACAGGUACACCACUGGUCGCAUAGGUAAUUACAACGUCGUCCUAGCACUACUUGCUCGCAUGGGCAAAGUUAGUGCCGCCAGUGCUGCAGUCAGCCUACGUUCAAGUUAUAGCCGUCUACGGGUAGCCUUCCUGGUUGGAAUUUGCGGUGGUGCACCUCAAGCUGGCGACGACGAGAUCCUACUUGGCGAUGUGGUGAUUAGCAAGACCAUCGUACAAUAUGACUUUGGCAGGCAAUACCCAGGUGGCUUUGUGCGUAAGGAUAAUAUCAGCGACAACCUUGGAAAGCCGAAUAAAGAUGUCCAGAAUUUGCUUGUCUUGUUCGAAACCAACCAUAACCGGGAGCGGCUUCGGCGAAGAACAGCCGCUCUUCUAAAACAGCUUCAGGCUAAAGCUAUUCGAAAGAAAUACAAAAGCAAUUACAUGUAUCCCGGAACGGCAAAAGACAAGCUUUUCGACUCGGGCUAUCGUCACGGGCGCGACUCUAGCCUAGGUAUCGACACGGUGUGCAAUACGGUUCUGAAUUCGACCUGUGAAGAGUUGGGAUGCGACGAAGGAUCCCUUUUAGUCAGAGAAAGGCUUAAGAAAAGGAGACAGUUGGAACUUGACGAGCCUGAAAAAGCUCAAGAACCUACCAUCUACGUCGGGUCCUUUGCGUCGGGCGACACAGUAAUGAAAUCAGCGUUUGACCGGGAUAGGAUUGCCAGGAAAGAGAGUAUCAUCGCUUUCGAGAUGGAGGGAGCCGGUAUUUGGGAAGAGGUCCCCUGCAUCAUCGUUAAAGGCGUAUGUGAUUAUGCAGACUGUCAUAAGAACAAGAUAUGGCAGGAUUUUGCGGCAGCAACUGCUGCUUCCGCAGUCAAGGCCGUUUUGGAACUCUUUACUCAGACGGACAACACUUUCAAGACCUCAAUUCAAGAAAUGCCACCACUUCUCCCUCAGCAUCAUUGGAUCGUCCCCUUUGGUCGCAAUGAACAAUUCGUCGGACGUAAACAUAUUCUGAGGCAACUUCUCGAGAUGAUCCCUCCUAGUGCUGUGGCAAACGACUGCCAAAGGGUCGCCAUUGUGGGCCUUGGGGGGGUUGGCAAGACGCAGAUUGCAUUAGAAGCGGCGUUCCAGUUUCGCGAUGAGUACCCGGAUUGUUCAGUCUUCUGGAUUCCCGCAGUAGAUACUGUCAGAAUUGAGAACGCUUUCAGAGAGAUUGGUAGGCAACUCAAAGUCAAAGGGAUAGACGAGGAUGGAGCAGACAUUAAGCAGCUAGUUAAGGCUGCUCUAAGCCAGGAAAACAUCGGGAACUGGCUUUUAAUCAUUGAUAAUCUGGACAAUAUCGAGUUAUUCUUUGGCAACGCCGACAACGCCGACAGCUUGCCGCUCUCCGAGUAUCUCCCAUUCAGCCGGAAGGGCUCAAUUCUAAUUACGACGCGUAAUGAUGAGGUUGCAGUGAGGUUAGAUAUUCAUGAGAAGAACACCAUUGCCACGGCGGAAAUGGCCAGGGAUGAGGCCCUCGAGAUGUUGCAAAGCGGCUUAAAAACCCAUCAAACAUGCGACAUCCAAAGUACAAUGAGCCUACUUGAGCUCCUAACUUAUUUACCGCUAGCCAUCAGGCAGGCAUCCGCAUUUAUGAGGACGAAGCAUAUAUCAUCCUCGGAGUACCUUGAACUUUGCCAGUCAAGCAGUAAAGAUAUGGUCUAUCUGCUAAGUAAGGAUUUUGAGGAUCGGCAUAGAUAUAAGGAGAGUCGAAAUCCAGUGGCUAUGACUUGGCUCAUUUCAUUCCAGCACAUCUCGUCCCAUAACUUACUCGCUGUGAAAUACCUGAGUUCUAUGUGCUGCCUAGCUGAGAAGGAUAUCCCACAGCUUCUGCUCCCACCAGAUCCUCUAGCUUCGCAGUUAGAGAUCGUGGAAGCCAUAGGAACUUUGAAGUCCUACGCGUUUAUCACGCACCGGAAAGAGUCGGACUCUUUCGACACCCACCGGCUGGUUCGACUAGCAAUGCGAAGUUGGUUAGAGAAAGAGAAGAAACUAGGUGAAUGUGUCACGCAUGUGAUACAGCGAGUUGCUGAAGUGUUUCCUUUUCCAGAGCUUGCAAAUAAAGACAUGUGGAUGAAGUACCUACCGCAUGCGCAGGCAGCCUUAGAUCUCCCAGGGGAUACCGUUAAUAGGGAUGUAAAGAGCGAUCUUCUCUCUAGUGUGGGCAGUAGCCUUCAUCUCCUAGGAAAAUACCGAGAAUCCGAGGCUAUGCAUCGUCAAUCGUUCAUGUUGAGAAAAAUGUUACUAGGCGAGGAGCACCCUUCAACACUUGCUACUAUGGGGGAUAUGGCGGUAGCGUUACGGUGCCAGGGGAAUUAUAAGGAAGCGGAAGCUUCGCAUCGACAAGCCCUAAGUGGGAGAGAAAAGGUGCUAGGAGAAGAACAUCCAUCUACUCUGAUGAGCCUUAAUAAUCUGGCAUUAGUGCUUCGGGAUCAGGCCAGAUAUAAAGAAGCAGAAGUUUUAUUUCGACAAGCCCUAUGUGGGAGGAAAGAAGUUCUAGGGGCAGAGAAUCCAGACACAUUGGCAAGUAUAAACUACUUAGCAGUGUCACUCUUAGAUCAAGGCAAGCACAAAGAGGCAAAGGAGUUAUUUCAAGAGGCGUUACGUGGAAGGGAAAGAGUUCUCGGGGAAACCCACUCAGAUACCCUAUCGAGCGUAAAUAAUAUGGCAAGGGUACUACGGUAUCAAGGUAGAUAUAAAGAGGCAGAAGCUUUACAUCGACGAGCUCUAAAUGGGAGGAUAAAGACGUUAGGGGAAGACCAUCCAGAAACGCUAGGGAGUAUGAACAAUUUGGCAUUGGUGCUGCGAGACCAGAGCAACUACACUGAGGCCGAGGCGCUAUUUCGACGAGCGCUAGAUGGGAAGAGCAAGCUUCUAGGAAAGACGCACAUCUAUACAUUACUAACUAUGAGCAAUCUUGCAGUCGUUCUGCGAGGCCAGCAUAAGAAUAGUGAGGCAGAAGCUUUACUUCGACUAGUAUUAGAAGAAGGAGAGAAAACCUUGGGAAAGGAUCAUCCAGACACGUUGACGGCAGUAAGUAACUUGGCAGUAGUGUUACGGUCUCAGCGAAAAUAUCAGGAGGCGGAAGCAUUAUCUCGGCGAGCGCUAUGGGGAAGGACAAGGCUGCUAGGAGAGGAGCAUCCAAAAACACUGAAGAGCCUUCAUAAUCUAAUAUUAGUGCUGCGGGGUCAGUGCAAAUAUGAAGAGGCAGAAUCGUUGCUUCAUCAAGCGCCAGGCCCUCGUCUAUAA